AAGGGAGAGCAGGGAAUACAAGGUCCCCCUGGGCCACCUGGAGAUGUGACAACUGGAGAGAAACAGCUGAAAGGUGACAGAGGAGAAAAGGGAGAGGCAGGUGACCCAGGGGAGCACGGGGCUAAAGGUCAAAAGGGUGAACCAGGAACUUCAGGCUCGCCAGGACCAAGCGGUCCUGAGGGGCCGCGUGGGCUACCAGGAGCCAGAGGUGACCCAGGCGAUAGGGGCAGUCCAGGAGACAAGGGAGAAAGAGGAGCGGCUGGAUUGGAUGGACGACCCGGUCAGGAUGGGAAACCUGGGCCGACUGGAGCUCCUGGAUUACGGGGUGACCCAAAAAAACAAGGGGAUCCUGGAAGAGAUGGCUUGGCAGGACUAAGAGGGCCUCAGGGGCCUCCAGGACCACCUGGGCCCCCAGGAGCUAAUGGCACACCUGGCAAAGCAGGGGAGGAUGGGAAACCAGGACUGCCUAGAAAACCUGGCGAGGAUGGUGUGCCAGGAGAGGAUGGUCGAAAGGGAGAUAAAGGAGAGCCUGGGCCCACUGGAAGAGAUGGUCGAGAUGGGUUGAAAGGUGAUCAGGGCAUUGCAGGACUUAUUGGCCCUCAAGGUCCCAUUGCACCCCCUGGAGGUCCUCCUGGUCUGACAUUGCCAGGUACAGUUGGAGAAAGCGGCCUUCCUGGAUUACCGGGUCCAAAAGGAGACAAAGGGCCAGCGGGGAUCAAAGGAGAAAGAGGUGCUGCGGGAGAUCCUGGUGAGAAUGGAAUGAGAGGACCAUCUGGGCCCAAAGGAGUCAAAGGAGAGGCAGGGGUGGGAAUGCCUGGGCCUCCAGGACAAUUUGGACCCAUCGGCUUAAAGGGUGACUCUGGCUUACUAGGUCCUCCGGGCCCUCAUGGACCACGUGGAUUGUAUGGCACGCCAGGACUGGCAGGGCAGAGAGGUGAAGCAGGUCAGCCAGGACCCCCUGGACCACCAGGAGAGAGGGGUCUACAAGGAUUUAUUGGCAAAGCCGGAAACCCAGGAACACCAGGAGCUGCUGGGCCCCCAGGACCCCCUGGUACUGCGGGCCUUCCAGGACUUAAGGGCGAUAAGGGUGAAAUUGGUGUUGGAGUGCCAGGUUCAAGAGGAGAGCGAGGAGACCCAGGGCCUAGGGGAGAAGAAGGUCGGGCUGGAACAGAUGGAGAGAGAGGUCCUACUGGUCCUCCUGGCAGCAAAGGAAACGGAGGAGAUAAGGGUGAACAAGGUCCUUCGGGAAUCAAAGGUGAAAAGGGAGAUACUCUGCUGGUGGGGGGACCUCCAGGGGAGAAAGGAAAGAAAGGAGAAACCGGGGAGCGAGGACCUAAAGGUGCACAGGGUGAAAAGGGUGCAAAGGGACAGGAAGGACCACCAGCAGAACAGGGUCUGAGAGGGGAGCCGAGAGAGAGAGGUUCCACUGGAUUCCAGGCUUCCGUGGUCAGAAGGGAGAAGCAGGGCAGCCAGGUAUCUCAGGAGAAGCAGGAGCAUCUGGUAAAGAUGAUCUGCCUGGCAUGAGAGGAGAGAAGGGAGAGGUUGGGUCUGUAGGUCAGCGAGGCCUCAAGGGAGAACGAGGCUCCAAGGGAACAUGUGGACCAAGCGGACCAAAGGGAGACAAG